GUGACUAUUCAGCACACAAAACAGUAAAAUGGUUCCCCAGAGAACGAAAUUCAACCUCAUUGCACUCGUCAGUCUGUGCGUAAUCAAUAUUAUGGAGAUUGAAUCAGAUAAAUUUAAUUAUCCGAUGACAGUUGGUACAGACGGACAAAUGACCGUUGAUUUUGGGGGAAUACUAAUCACUCUGAGUGAUACCUUCAUAAUUACAAUUCAAGGUAAAAACUGUACAUAUGUAUUUGACUUCUCACAACCAAACCAAGAGGAGUUUAGAGUUAGAAGAGGAAAUCGUCGAGCUUCUCUAGCGUGCAAAGACGACUCGAAUACUUCAAACAAAAGAAGACGAAUUAAGAGAAUACUUGAUGACAGUAACCGAUAGACUCUGUUUGUGCGAAAAUCUGCUGAAGUUGUAGCGAAAAUGGCAACAUUUGGCUUCAUAUACAUUGUUUAGCUAAAGAAUAAUUUCAACUGUGCUAAUUCAAAUGCUUUGCUUCGGUGUUGGUAAAGCCAGUAUGCUUCAUUGUGUGAAAAAUGAGUAUUCUUCUUCUUCUUUCUGUAGAUUAGAUAUUCUUCAAUAAAUGUAUAUUUACAAACUG